AUGUGUUUUCCACUUGAUCCUAGCCAGCCCUCCCUCCUAGACCCUGCAGGCUGCUGUCUACCUCAAUUCGACUGGGCAAGCUGGAAGACCGGUUUCUCGAGCGACGGCUCAAAAUCGGGGAAAGAUACACAAGAGCAGGCUGAAUUUGAACAGAUCACACCAAAUCAGGUCACGAAAAUGAGUGAUGAGAAAUUCGACGCGAAACGCAGCCGGAUUGUCGACCGGCACCAUGACACGAGCGAUUUACAUGCUGGAGCAACGGAUCGUCUCAUGGCAGAAGAAGCACCGGGAGGAAAGAUUAACGGAACGAUGAGGCGUCCGGUAGACAGCUUCCGUAUCAGUGGCCACAAAACCACCUUUUUCGUGAAGACCCUGACGGGCAAGACCAUUACCCUUGAGGUCGAGUCCUCCGAUACGAUCGACAAUGUCAAGUCCAAGAUCCAGGACAAGGAGGGGAUUCCUCCGGACCAGCAGCGUUUGAUCUUUGCUGGCAAACAGCUAGAGGAUGGCCGAACUCUGUCCGACUACAACAUCCAGAAGGAGUCCACCCUACACUUGGUCCUUCGUCUCCGUGGUGGUAUCAUUGAGCCCUCGCUGAAGGCGCUGGCCUCCAAGUUCAACUGUGACAAGAUGAUUUGCCGCAAGUGCUACGCUCGCCUCCCUCCCCGCGCUACCAAUUGCCGCAAGCGAAAGUGCGGUCACACCAACCAGCUCCGACCCAAGAAGAAGCUCAAGUAA